GUUUUACAAUACAUAUUGAGCAAACUAAUCGCUAAGUAAAUUCAGUUUGAAAGAGAUUUUAAAGACGGGAUUACAGCCUUAACCUCAAUUUAACAGUCAUUUCAACCGAUGAUUACUGUGUUACUCGGAUAUAGAAUUUGCCAUGUUUACAUUUAGUCGGUGUAUUUGAAGCCAGAUUUUCAUUUACUUCUAUUAUGUAAAGUUUAAAAUCAAUCAAAGUAUGCGUUUAUUGAUAACGUGAAAUAGAAAUUUGGUGAUCGAUUUUAACAGAUUGGUUUUAUUUGGUAUAAACGAACCAAAGUAAAGUUUAUUUCAACAUUAAAAUAAUAUAUUCAUUCAUAAACGGAUUGAUAGAAUUUUGUGACUGAUAAUGGCUUAAUUGGACAAGAAUAUGGCUAACAAAAAGUUUACAGACGAACAACUACAAGAAUUUAAAGAAGCGUUCCAUUUAUUUGACAAAGAUGGGGACAAUACAAUCACUACGCCUGAACUGCUGACUGUGAUGAAAUCUUUAGGUCACAAUCCAAGUCGUGAUGAUAUUAUUGAGAUGAUCAAAGAAGUAGAUAGUAACGGUAAUGGGAAAAUUGAGUUUUCAGAGUUUCUGACGUUAAUGGAAAAGAACAUGAGUUCGUUUGAGUCAGAAGAUUUGAUAAAGGGCGCAUUUAGUGUGAUAGAUCCGCAUGGAGAAGGCUAUAUUACAUUGCAAGGUCUACGCCAGGUUGUACAUGACCUAGGUCUUGACUUCACAGACGAAGAAAUGCGGGACAUGAUAGAGGAAGCAGAUCCGACUGGUGAUGGUCGUGUUAAUUUGGAAGAUUUCGUCAAGAUGAUGACAAGUUCUCAAUAGAGAAUAAAUGCCAGCUAAUUUAAAGAUUCCGUGUUGCCAAUCUAAUUUCGAAGAUACAUAUUUCCAUAACUUUAUAUUUCUUUCUAUGUAUUUAAGGUGUGGAAAC